AUGGUACAGCUCUCCAAGUCUCUAGUCUUUGUCCUUGGAGGCAUCAUCGUCUCUAUCAAUGGUGCUCAAUCUCGUACCUUGACCGCCAAUCUCGACAUUUUGUCGUAUAACGACGUCUACGAGAUGUUACAGGAUACUGUCGACGGUCUAAAGCUUGGGGGGCCCUCGCGGGUGGUUCCGAUAGCUAAAGCCAUGCGUGAAAUGAACCCCAAUAGCCUUGUACUGUUUGCCGGGGACACGGUUUCACCGUCUCUUUGGUCGACGGAGUUUAAUGGCCAGCACAUGGUGAAAGCGCACAAUGCCAUUGGGCUGGACUAUGCGUCCUUGGGGAACCAUGAGUUUGACUUUGGACUCGAUAACUUCAUGAACGUGACCUUGGCGUCCAAUUUUUCGUGGUUGAAUGCCAAUUGCUAUGAAAUUGCCACCCGUAAAUUGCUUCGUGGCACGGUACCUAAUGCUAUCAGGACUCUGACAGACGCCACGAACGGACAUAUCUCUGUUGGUAUCUUUGGUGUCAUGUACGACAUGAACAGCACAAACAAGGGUCUGUAUUGGGUGGAUCCGAUUCAGGCUGCUCGGGACCAGGUGGCUCUCCUUCAGGCCCAGAAGGUUGAUAUGAUCAUUGCACUAACGCAUCAACUUAUGGCUGAUGACAAUCGACUAUCGAAGGAGGUGUCGGGUAUCGACUUUAUUAUCGGUGGCCAUGACCACACUUCGACACUGCAGACCAAUUAUGGUACGCCGUACGUCAAAGCAGACUUUGACUUUCGUUCAAUCUGGAAGACGCACAUUGAAUAUUACGCCGCUGACACUGUCAACAACCGCAAAGCUCUCAUGACCCACGAGGCUAUUCCGAUUGUCGAGAGCAUGCCAACGGACAGCAACUUAGAUGCCGUUAUUGCCACGUAUCAAGAAGAGAUGGAUGCUUUAGGAAAACAGAUUAUCGGCAGCUUGUGCGAGAACAUGGACCUUCGACAAAGUAUGGUCCGUACUCAGGACAGCAAGAUCGGCCACCUCUUUGCUGAUGCAAGUCUGCAGUACUACGGUAGCAGUUCAGUUGAUAUUGCAGUCAUGAACGGUGGUGGGAUUCGUGGUGAUAAGGUCGUCGCUGCCGGUAGUCUGUCCCAAGGUGAAGUCUUGUCUUGGUCGCCGUUCGGCAACACUCUGAUGACCAUUAAGACAAACGGCGCGUCGCUCAAACAGUUUCUGAACCGCGAAAUGGUCGGAAGCUGCGGUGACAGUGUUAUCAAAGAGAACGGAUUCUACGUCCACCCAUCGGGCUUCAACUAUACUUUUGCGUGCACUGGCAUCGAUGUUGGCACCGUCUCGAGCUUGACAUGGCUCAACCACCCGACCAAUUCCGGCGAGAUCAAGGACACUGACGAGUUUGUCAUGGCGCUGAGCAACUUCCUGUACGCAACUGAAUAUGCUGUUAUCGACGGCAUCACUGCUAUUGUAAAGGUCAGUGAAGCAGAAGCUGAGCGUGUAGACACGGCUCUUGAGGCUUAUGUCGUGAAAUUCCCCAACGGUGCCGUGUGUCUCCCACCCGAACAGCGCUCGUCUCUCUACUUGAAUGGACUCAAGAUAGAGCCUAGACAAGAGCCCUCAAGAAACACGAAUAGAUGA